GCGCGCCCAUCCCCUGGAGUUCCCGGCUCCGGCCGCCGCUCGGGCCUGCAGGCGGGGCAGCGGCGCGCUGCAGCCCCCGGGCCGGGCCUGGGCGCACUCCGGCACCUCGGAAUGUGGGUGGGGACUCCUCUUUCAGGCGCCCCAGGCAUCGGAUUCUGGGCGGGGGCGCGUGGCGGCCGCCAGGAGCCCGGCUGCAGCGCCCGCCCCGCGGCCUCGCCUCCCCGCCGAGCCGCCAGCGCCCCGGGACGCGAUGAGGACGUGGGCUUGCCUGCUGCUCCUCGGCUGCGGAUACCUCGCCCAUGCCCUGGCCGAGGAGGCCGAGAUCCCCCGCGAGCUGAUCCAGCGGCUGGCGCAGAGUCAGAUCCACAGCAUCCGGGACCUGCAGCGGCUCCUGGACGUAGACUCCGGGCCAAGGAUGGUCUGGAGGCCCACGUGAGCAUUCCGCGGGGCCAUGUGGCCCAGGACGCCCCUGAGAAGCGGCCAGUGCCUGUCCGGAGGAAGAGAAGCAUCGAGGAGGCUGUCCCUGCUGUCUGCAAGACCAGGACGGUCAUCUACGAGAUACCUCGGAGCCAGGUGGACCCCACGUCUGCCAACUUCCUGAUCUGGCCGCCGUGCGUGGAGGUGAGGCGCUGUACCGGCUGCUGUAACGCCAGCAGUGUCCGCUGUCAGCCGUCACGCAUACAACAGCGCAGCGUCAAGGUGGCCAAAGUGGAAUACAUCCGCAAGCGGCCCAAGCUGCGGGAGGUGCAGGUGCGGCUGGAGGAGCACCUGGAGUGCAGCUGCAGCAGUGCCAGCGCCGACUACCGGGAGGAAGAGGCAGAUGUGAGGUGAGGAUGGCCCAGCAGCUCUUUCCCGGGACACGGAUGUACACGGCGUGUUACAUUCCUGAACCUCCAGCGGACAGUGCUCACUGCACGGCGCGCUUUGUUCUCCUGUGAAAACUGUCCCAGCGAGUCCCCUGGGG